AUGGGUAAGCAGAAUAGCAAACUGCGUCCGGAGAUGCUUCAAGAUCUUCGGGAGAACACAGAAUUCUCUGAUUUGGAACUUCAAGAGUGGUACAAGGGCUUCCUCAAGGACUGUCCCACUGGCAUACUCAACGUAGAGGAGUUCAAGAAGAUCUAUGCCAACUUCUUCCCUUACGGCGAUGCCUCCAAGUUUGCCGAGCAUGUCUUCCGCACCUUUGACACCAAUGGUGAUGGCACCAUUGACUUCCGAGAGUUCAUCAUUGCUCUGAGUGUCACUUCGCGGGGGAAGCUGGAGCAGAAGCUCAUGUGGGCCUUUAGCAUGUAUGAUCUUGAUGGGAACGGCUACAUCAGCAGGGAAGAGAUGCUGGAAAUUGUGCAGGCCAUCUACAAAAUGGUCUCUUCGGUGAUGAAGAUGCCAGAGGAUGAGUCAACUCCCGAGAAACGGACAGAAAAAAUCUUCCGACAGAUGGAUACCAAUAACGAUGGCAAACUUUCUCUGGAAGAGUUCAUCAAAGGUGCUAAGAGUGACCCAUCCAUUGUGCGGCUGCUGCAGUGUGACCCCAGCAGCGCCUCGCAGUUCUGAGCACCUCCCUCUCCGCACAGAAAAUGGUGGUGGGAUGAAGGAGCCACCCAGAGUGGCAGCACCGCCUCACGGAGCUCACCGCCUCCCUGCUCCAAUGAGACAGCCAACUUCCUGUCAUCCCCUGGGGAAAUGGACACGCUCCCCAUCAAACAGCACUGCCAAUAUAUUUACUUCUUCUGACUCUCACAGUUUUCGGC